AUGGGUCCGUUUUCGAGGGGAACGGCGACGGUCCUCCUCUUCACGAUCUUCGCCCUCGCAGCAUCAUUGCGGGUGCGGAGAGAGACGAGGGGGACUGAGAGCCUGUUGACGGUGGAAUGGGAGGGAAUCCAGACAGGCGACCACCCCGACACUGAUGUCAAAGGUUUUCUGGUCGAAUACCGUGCCGAGAAGGACAAACACUGGAUGGUACAUUCGGGUAUUAUCCCCUAUAAAGGACCGAAUCAUCAGUACCGAGUGCAGAUUCCGAAACUACCCACCGGAGUUGCUUACUUUGUUCGCAUUAAAGUGCUCGGUGCACACAACGAGAUCCUGGUGGAAACUGCGGAGAUCCGUGCAAGGAACGAGAUCGUCUCGAUAAAGUGUGAAAGCGAUGAUCUAACGGCUCCACGUCAUUUGGAAGUAACUCACGAGGGACAGUACUCACUAGCAAUUAAAUGGGAUGCUCCAGAAUGUGGAUCUAUUGGAGAAUAUCAGGUCGAACUCAUUGGUGAUGAGUCCCCGUUCGACGUACAUCGUCAGACCGUCACACACCCGACUGUUUCCGUUACAAAUCUCUUGCCAUCCACAACUUAUACUGUCAAGAUCCGUGCUGUGGAUCGCCAGAGACGAAUCGGUCCAUGGAAUGCGGACCUCCUUCAGGCAAAAACGCAAGGAAACCCUGUGCCUGUCUCUACUGGAAUCCGACUUGUCUACAGAACAGACUCGGAUCUUCGGAUUUCAUGGGAUCCCAUCGACGACGAACGAGCUCAGCAUUACGAGGUGAUGGCUGUGGAGGUGCUGCCGGAGUCGCGUCGUGUCGAACGAGCUCGUGUUCCUCCGUACGUCUCUGGCCAUACGCUUUCUGGACUUCUGCCGGAAACGAAAUAUCUCAUUGGUGUUGUGGCCUUCGUCGAUCACGAACCGAAACAGGUGUACAACUUAGAGGCUGAAACCGGUUCUUCUUCCGAAUUGGAAAGCUGGCAAGAAAAACCACAAGUAAUCGACGAUGGCAGUCGGCAUUUCACUGUUCGUUGGCAGCUUCCACCUGUGGAGAAGGCUGUCAACAAAUUUGUUGUCGAGUUCAGGCUUCCUAAUGAGACCUCAUGGAGAAGUUCGGAUACAACGAACGUCGAAGGAGGUACUAAAGAAUUCAGUGUCGUUCUACCAAAUAUGGCUGACACUUCGCUGUACACAGUCCGCGUUGUGGCGAUCGGCCCGGACGAGGAAGUUGUGUCUCGAACCGAAGAGGUGACAGUAGGAGCGGCCGCUGCGAAUGCGUGUGUUGGCCCAGCAGGAGUUCCUGAGGAUGUUGCUCUCGACUCCGCUGAGGCGACAACACUACGUUUCACAUGGAGCAAACCUAACUGUGAUGAGAGCGUGGCUCCAAUUGAUGGAUAUGAAUAUUUGAUUCACGAGUCGGAUCAAAUGGCACCGCACAGCGGUGCGUCCUACAUUGGUGGAACCGCCGUCGCGAUCCCUGAUCUGCGUCCCUCCACGAAGUAUUCGUUCCGGGUCAGAUCCAGAAAUGCGAACGGACAUUCUCCGUGGAGCGAAAGCAUUCAUGUUGCCACUGAGACUGAAGGAGCUGCUAUUGAUUUCAAAGAUCUAACCAUCACUAACAUCAAAGCUGAAACAUGGGGACGACGCAGACGUCAAGCGAAACAAUCGAUAACAGAUGAGAGUAACCUUUACAAAGUACGUGUUGUGUUGUCCCCACCGGAGGUGUACCUCGUGUGGACUCCCCUUCCAGAUCACAUUAACAGCAUUGCCUAUUUCAAAGUCGCGUACAAGGAACGCGCCAGCACUCGGUGGUUGCGGAUCGUAGGACGUCCCGAGGACUUCGCUUGUCCUGUCGGGAUCGCGGAUCGUCACGAUUACUGCUAUCGGCUGCAGCAUUUUGUUUUCGGAGUUCACUACAUCAGCCGAGUUUCGUACAACCUCACCAACGGUAUUGCGCUCGAUUCUGGAAGUACUCUCCACUUCUCACUUUUACAAUUAGCAGGCGUCGAACAACAGCCUCGAUUCCAAGUCAGCAUUGCUCAGCCUCGUAUCGAGCAACAAGGAUCUCGCAAUGUGGCCUACUGGUCGACGUCCGGCGACACAUCGCAACUUCUGGGAUACCAGGUGGACAUCCGAAGAGAUGGGGACCGCGAUUGGCACGAGCAGGGGGCAAUCGUACGUUCGGAGCCGUCACAAACCCAUUUCCGUCAAUCUCUCGGCGCCGUACCGGUUGCCACUUACUACUUGAGGGUUAGAGCUGUUGAUACUAGCAUGGCUACCGUUGCUACAUCGCCGAGCACCAGCUUCUCUGUUUCUUGCCAAGCACCUGUGUCGCCUGAGAACGUACGCCUCGAUCGAGUAUCAGAUGAGAUUGUUCGAAUUUCAUGGACAUUCCCCAGCGAAGAUCCUGCCUGCCAAACAUUCUUCUUCAUUACAGGUGUCCAAAAUGGAAUUCCGGUCAACUACAGAGUGCCAGGCACAGAAAGAAGUUAUGACAUCACCGGUCCAGCUAGAGGAGACUGGCGUGUCGAGGUCCGAGCAGUUAAUGCAGCUGGUUCAGGACCUGCGUCACGCCAAGCUGUAUUUACCAGCGCCCAGCAAUCUCCUAAGCGUCAUCAUCGCAGUAUUUGCGACCCACGAACGGAUUUUUGGUGUCGCACGGAUUCACAACCACAGUAUCUUCAAGUAGAAGCCGGAGCACUCGUCUCUGCUCCACGAGUCACCGCCCGCGGUAAUGACUUGCACGUGGAAUGGACGAGUGAAGGAGACGGACGGGGCGUCUUUGGUUAUCGUCUACAGUUCCGCAGCGAAAGCUCGGGUUGGAACCCCUACGGUCAAGUCGUGCCCUACGUUGGUGAUAACCAGCAAUAUUCUCAGACGCUAACUGGCCUCCAGAAAGGACACACCUACUCCGUCCACAUUCAGGUUCUGGAUAGAAACUCAUAUGUAAUGUAUGUCAGUCCUGAAGCAUCUGCUAGGAGCAGUUGUACCGCGCCUUCACAUCCUCCUUCUCACCUACAACUGCAAGCACCCGAUGCCUCGCAUGUUCGUGUGCACUGGGCGCUUCCACCGCAAAGCACCUGGGGAUGUGCUGAUAUCCAAUACGAGAUACAGGUCGUUGAACCACGAGGUGUCGCGUCCGUGACCGUAGCCGGCGGACAAACGAACCACAUCUUCCAAAGCCAGCCGAAUCAACAAUGGUCUGUUCGCAUCCGCGCAAUCAACUCUGCCGGACAUUCGCCUUGGACACCGACGGCAGAGGCACGCACACCUCCUGGUGGCGAGCUUAUUGUCGGUCCCAAUGUUGCCUACAGACAGGGGAACCCUAUUGUUACCUGGCAAGCUCGAGAAAAUGUCGAAGACCUGAUUGAGAGCUUUGUUCUCGAGUGGAAAGCGUCGAACGAAAGAGAUUGGAGGCAACACAGAAACCCCAUCCCAUUCUCCGGAUGGCAACGGCCAUAUACAAUUGACCUGGGAGAGCUCCCCAAGGGACAUACCUACCAAGUGCGAAUUGUCGUACGAGAUAUGAAUCGCGGCACAGCGUUCACAUCGCCCAUUGUGCAAGUGCAGACCCGCUCCACCUGUCAGCCUCCACGUAGAGCCCCAUCGAACCUGCAGGUCUCUCCUAUCGGUCCCACACAGAUCAGACUCACGUGGGCACCGUUGCACGAGUCUGAGUGGAACUGUGACCGUUUGUGGUACAUUGUCAAGUACAGUACACCUAAGAACCAAGGAUUCAAGAAUCUCACUCAAGGAGAGAAUUCUGUAGUGUUUGAGUCCGAUCCUUAUACCAAGUGGAACUUCGAAGUACAGGCUGCAAAUCCUGCCGGAGAAACCCAAUGGUCGAGAACGGAGACUGCACAGACACAAGAUGCAUCACCAGGACCUGUCGUGGACCUACGAGUGCAAGCAGUCGGACCAGACAGAUUACAAGUGAGCUGGAGACCUCCGAUCAACCCGAAUGGCUUGAUAACCCAAUACGAAGUGACCUACCAACUGAUCAGCAAAGGAAUGUGCGACCAGCAGCAGGACGUUCCGCGCACGAUUUCGGUCACCAGUCCGCAUCACGUUAUCACUGGUCUACAUCCGCAUUCUCGAUACAGAGUGGGUGUUGCUGCGAGGACAACCAUAGCCGGAGAGCGCGUCUCGCAGGAAGUGCAGACCGAUCAGUCCGUGCCGGCUGCUCCGCCUGUGUACUUACGUGUCGAUGAAGCUAAAGAGACUGACGCCAGCUUCAGUUGGCAAGCUCCUCCGUGUCUUCAGACAAAUGGUGAAAUCACUGAGUACGAGUACGAAGUGACUCCAGCAGAUCGUCGGGCAGCACAGCAAAAAAUCGCAAACACUGUGCGUGGAACCAGAGUGCAAGCCACAAAUCUGCAGCCCUACACCAGAUAUAACGUGAAGGUGCGAGCAUACACUGCUCGUGGUGCUGGUCCAUGGUCGACGGAAGUCCCAUUCCAGACAGCCGCCGCGCAGAUUGUUACGGCUCCGCCUUUCGUGCGAGUUAUCAACACUGGGGCUGACAACGCCCACCUAGUAUGGCAAUCUCCGGAUCCAAGCAGCGGCUACGUUGACAAGUAUCGGUGCAGAUACUCACCCUCCGGCACCCAAGAAUUCCAGGAACGGCAAUUCCCUGCGGUCAGCCCUUGUCAAGCUAGAAUGCUGGAACGGCAACAGCUACCAACAACUGCACCAGGAACAAAGCUUCAUUGUGGAAGAAUAGAUAACUUGAAGCCACAACAGACCUACGACUUCCAGGUCGCAGCUCACGUUCGAGACGCAGGAUGGUCCCCGUGGUCGCAGCCGGAACGCACGAAGAUCACCGACGAAGCGGUGCAAGUGUUAACCAUUGACAAGAUCGGUGGUACCGAGAGUUCGUUGGCAAUUUCGUGGACGGUUCGUCCGACUGAUCGCAGCCGGGUGACGUCCUUCCGUCUUCACGUUGAACCAGUCGAUGGUUCCUCGAGAGCUCAGACUUUCAACGUUGAUCGUGCCACCUAUCAAUACAGAAUCGACGGACUUCGACCACGAACCCAAUACAACGUGACGGUUCAGGCUGCAACUGACAAAGAACUUUGUGGAGGCACAACCACAACAAUGUGGACUGACGCAGCACCGCUGACGGCGCUUGCUGUCGCCCCUCGUGUGGUCGCAGAGGAAGCCACCUCGGUCACCAUUGAGUGGGAUAGUAGAAACAAAGAAGCCGCAGGUUUUAUAGUAGAAUACAGAUUGGAAGGAGGCGCUUGGCAGCAGCACCCGCGCCGUAUUCCCGCUCAUCCUUCGCACUCCACCUACAGCGCCACCGUCGACGGACUUCCCACUAACAAUGUUGUCGAUCUGCGUGUGCGAGUAACUUCGCAUCAGAACGAACAGUCGAACCCAUCGCCAGAAGUACGAGCGCGUACGAAGUGCAGUCCACCGUCAAACCCACCGCAGGGUAUUCGUGUCGAUGCUCCAUCGACGAACGACGUGCGCGUAUCGUGGUCUCGACCUGCAAAAGACACAUGGAUGUGCGAUCAGAUGAACGUCGAGAUCAGCUACCGCAUCGGAAAUGAGCCAGAGAAGAUAUUACCAGUGCCAGGAGGUCAAACUGAGUACACCUUCCCAGCAGAGCCAAAUCAACGCUGGAUUAUCAAACUGAGAGCCACCAACCAAGUUGGAUCCAGUCGAUGGUCAGCUGAACAAACUGUGACGACCCGCCAAGGAGCGCCGGGAGCUGUACGGGACUUGCGCGUGAAAGCGCUUUCACCUAACGAGGUGCAUGUACAAUGGCUGGCGCCACUUGUUCAGCGAGGGACAAUUGUCGGUUAUGACAUCAGCUACAGACUCAAACAUCGCCUUGCUUGUCCUGAAGAGGAGCCUCGGGAUGUGUCGCGAGACUUUGUCACCGUCUACAACCAUAAGGAUCUCGACUAUACCAUCACUGGUCUCCUUCCUUACUCACUGUAUGAGGUUCGAGUACGUGCUCGCACAACAGAACUCGGCCCAGAAGAAACUAAGGAGGUGUCAACCGACCAGCAACCGCCGUCGUCGCCUCCCCUCAACCUCGAACUCACAUACGCGCUCGAGCGUUCGCUCUCCUUCCAGUGGGAGCCAGUGGACUGCUCUCAGCGCCAUGGACACAUCGUUAAUUACGAGUACGAAAUCCUGGGUCAGGAUGACUGGGCGAAGUUAGAACGUCAAAUAGCGAACACAUCCGAUACAAGGAUUACGAUCGACGGGCUUACACCUUUCACCAAAUACGUCAUGCGAGUAAGAGCGUAUAAUAGCAUUGGAGGAGGUCCUAACACGGAAAAUCUGGAUGUAAUGACUGCGAAAGCGAGCGCUCCACUUCCUCCUCAAGACUUGGUCGUAGCCCAAGAGGGCACCGACUUCUUCAUGGUGUCCUGGCUUCCACCUUAUCCACCGUAUGGUCCUCAUGAUGCGUAUAAAAUUCGUUACCAACUUCUGGGAACCGACAGAUGGACAGAAAAACAGCAUGGAGUCAAAGAGGAAGCAUUGCAGUGUCCUUCAGAAAGCCCACGAUUCUGUUUCAACGCUACCGGACUCGAGCCAGGUAACCAGUACAAAGUACAGGUUGCUACGAGAAUCGAGGGAGGCAGCUACGGUCCCUGGUCUUCGGUGGUGAUUGCCAAUACACUCCAAAUUCUUCCCGAUGCCCCAAUAGCAAUUCAUCUGAUCGACAAAACCGAUCACUCGUUGCACAUCCGUUGGGUGCCGCCUACUGAUCCCAAAGGGCACAUCACCCAGUACCGGGUGUCGAUCGUGUCACUUGAUGAUCCCCAUGAUGAGAGAAAAACCCAUUUGGUGGAUCACCCUACUCUCACAUAUUUAUUCGAAAACCUCAAGCCAGAGACCUCUUACAAUGUAUCCAUCGCAGCUGGGUCGAAGCGCGGCUUCGGCAGAGAGAUUUGGACGCGUUACUCGACCGAUCCUUUCGUUAUUCCAAUUGUCGUUGCUGCUCCUGUGGUUACUCCUGAUGGUGCUUCUGCUCUUGACAUCCAAUGGGGAGGUGUUACUGACUCUCAAAAUAGAGUGAAGGGUUACAUAAUUGAGAUUAGGAACUCGGACACUCCCGUCUGGCAAGAGAUUGGUGGCGUCACACCACAUGAUCCAGUAAAGAGGACCUAUCUGAAGAAGCUCACAGGCCUUGAUGCCGACACUCUGUAUUUCGUGAGAGUCAAGGUUGUGGAUGACAAGCAACGUGUAGGCGCUGCUUCUCCUGAAGCUCAAGGUCGCACUGGUUGUGCUCCACCGACCGCUCCACCUUCAAAUGUUAACCUUGCAUCUCCGUCUAAUGUUCAGGUACGAGUCAGCUGGCAAGCACCCGUAAAAGGUUCUUGGCUUUGUUCCAACAUCCGCUACAAACUCGAGUAUAUCAACGGAACGCAACCACGUCAACAGAUCGAUCUACCCAGCUCCUCUAUCGAGCACCUUUUCGACUCACCAUCGAAUACAAAGUGGCAAGUUCGAAUUCGUACCGAAAAUGAUGCUGGAGUGUCCGGAUGGAGCAACGAGCUUGAGCUCACCACUGCAGAAGGUGCGCCCGGUCCUGUGACUGACCUAAAUGCUAUCCCAACGGGACCAACAUCAAUCGAGGUCUCCUGGAGACCUCCUGUUAACCCGAACGGUGUCAUCACUGGUUAUACACUCGUCUACAACUUAAAAUCUAUGGGAGAAUGUGGUCCGAGAAGUUCAACUCCUAUCCAGAAACACGUGAGAAGUGAGACACAGACAUUAGAUGGUCUCCUCCCUGAUUCCACAUACGAGGUUCACGUCAUCGCACACACAUCCUUGUCCGGUCCGCAGUCAAAGAUAGUGACCGUAACUACGGAAGAAGCUGCUCCUACUGGACCACCAAUUAAUGUUCGUGUGGGAUCUGUGACCGCAACUCGUGCCGAUGUCACCUGGUCACAACCGGACUGCGAACUGCGCAAUGGAAAGAUCACCGGCUAUGACUAUGAGCUGGAAAGCUUGGAUCCGUGGGGUGAAAACGCGACAGCCCAUCAUUCAACUGAGAGACUCACCCUGAACGACCUUGUUCCCUACACUGAGUACAGGAUUCGUGUACGUGCAGACAAUGCUGUUGGAGAGGGUCCGUUCUCCGAAUGGACACGGUUCACCACUCACCCAGCGGCACCACCUGCGCCCAGUGGCCUCCAAGAGGAAGGAGCGUUCCCGCACGCAGUCGAGAUCUCAUUCGAAGCUCCAAGUCCUCCACAUGGAAAUCUUGACUAUUACCGUAUUAGGCACACCCCAUCCGGACAGAUGAACUUCAAGGAAGUCCGCGUCGAGGCGGAACGCUUGCAGUGCUCCGAUGCCUCAAAGAGAGACCGACUGUGCUUCCGUGUCCACGACUUGGAUCCCGAGCAGGACUACCAGAUUGAGGUCGCUGCUCAUACCGAAGGUGGAGCUUGGUCGGAUUGGUCAGAGCCGCUGACUGCGAGAACCGAGCAGCAAAAUAUCCCUGUUCUUGAACGCGAAUUGGAGGUCAUUGAUACGAAGCCUGACUCGAUCACCCUACGCUUUGAGGGUGUCCCUCAGGAUCAGGCUGCUCAUGUCGUCGGAUAUGUGCUCGAGUUCAAAUCCGAGGACGAUGAUGAUUGGGCGGAAUACAACGGUGUCAUCAAACACCGGCGUACUUCCACGGACUACAAAGUUAACGUCAGAAAUCUCGAGACCGCCACCAACUACUUCUUCAGGCUGAAGGUUGUUGGCAAAAACGACAAGAGAGGUGCCCCCGGUCCUGAAACGAAAGCAAUGACGAGCUGUGGCCGACCGGAAGAACCGCCUAGCAAUGUGAAGCUGGAAAGUGUCGACUUCCAGACUAUGAAGAUCACAUGGAUUCCCCCGGCGGAGGAAUCCUGGCGAUGUGAUGACGUUGAAUUCAUCAUCGACUACGUGAACACAACUUCUCGCGGUUCUUGGUCGGUACCUGUUGACUCACCGAGUGAAAUGAUCGUGCCAACGAUGCCUGGUACCAGAUGGGAAGUGAAGAUGAAGACGCAGACUGUUGAAGACGGUGGUAAACCUCAAAGCAGUAGAUGGAGUGAUAAGGUAACCCUCACCACGCAAUCCUUGCCUGGCGAGCUGUUCGUGACUGUCGAACCCAAAGGACCCCGCGAAGCGCUGGUGACUUGGGAUCUACCCGACAAGGAUCAAAAAUGGAACUAUGGAGUGGAUAUCUCGUACCGGCUGAAACAGCUGGGUGGAUGCAACGAAGCCGCCACUGGAUCCCACGAACCGAUCACCAAGCUUAAUAUUCAAGAGAAGCAAGUGCUUUUGGAGGAGCUCGCUCCUGGAAGUGUCUACGAGGUGACUGUCACUCCACGUCGUCCUCCGUCACUGCACUCUUCGAUUGUCGCUCCAAAGACUGUGCGUACGUUCAAGACGAAGAACGAUGUACCUACUGGUCCGCCACUAAAUUUACAGUCAACGGUCAGGAAAGAUACUGAGCUUGGUUUCAAAUGGGAUGCACCGGAGUGCGUUCACCAAAAUGGAAACGUCAGCCAAUAUGAAUUCGAAUUAGUGGGAAUGGAUGAAUGGAACGAAGGCACUCGUGAAGGCGUCACUCCAAGAACCAACACGAUCAUCGAUCAGCUCCAGCCAGGAUCGCUCUACAGAAUGAAGGUCCGCGCCUACACCGCUGAGGGACCAGGCCCGUGGUCGGAUCCGCUCGAAAUUCGCACCACUGGAUCGGAGUUAGGUCCACCAAGAGAAUUGACAGCUGUUCAAACUAAGAGCACUGCUAUCCAACUCACUUGGCUGCCUCCCUACCCUGAAAAAGCGAUUGUCACCGCUUAUAGGAUCAGAUACAGCCCUCGAGCCGAUGACUCAAACCCUACUGAGUUCGAACUUUCCGGAGAUGAACUGUCCUGUGUGGGAUACAAGAGUCCUAUUAUCACCACCGCCAAUCUGUGUACCACGGUGAAAAACCUUCAGCCUUCUACGACAUACAGAUUUGCUGUCCAGGGUCAAUCCUCAUCCGGAACCUGGGGAGAGUGGUCAAGCGACUACUUCUCCACCACAAGAAAAGAUGACAGCGAACUUCUUGGCGGUAGCUUGAAGUUGCUCUCAGCUGGCCAUGAUAACCUCCGAGUCAAGUGGACACCUCCCGCUGUGAUUGGCGAGAAGAUCGACACCUAUCAGCUCUUCAUUUCCGUUGCAAGUGAAAUUGACCAAAAUCCCAGGGAAUUUACUACACCUGGAUCGCAGACGGACUAUCACUUCAGACAACUCAAUCCCGUCACGCAGUACAACGUUACUGUUCAGGGACUAUCCGGCGCUAACAAAUUAUGGUUCAUCUCAUCUGUGUUUGCCACUACAGACUUCGCCGAGGGUCUGCUUACGUGGUUACCUGCUCCCACUGACCUUCAUCUAAUCGAGAAAUCCGACACAAUGUUGCACGUCGAUUGGGUGCCACCGGAAAUAUUCGACGUCGAGCAGCGUGAACUGCUCACUCACUACAGAGUAACUAUCGCUCCGUUCGAUCCACGUACAGGAGUAACUGGUCCGAAAAAGAACUACACGGUUCCUGUUCCUGGAAAUUCGAUCAAAUUUGAAGGCCUUACCCCCGAGACCGUCUACAACAUUACUGUCCAGGCAGGCACAAACUCAGGAUACGGUCACGUGCUAUGGGGAACUUACAGUACCCUUGCACCUGGGCAAAGACACAUCAUUCGACUGAUUAACAGGACUCCAACCACAUUACACGUAGAAUGGGAGCCAGUGUGGGGACGUAGCCAUAGUGGAUACGUUCUGACCGCACGUUCGCUGCAUUCCGUGUACAGUAACGUUCGAAUCAAUCAAGUGAAGACGUUCGAAGUUGAGCCGUGGGAAUCCGACUUUGUAAUUCGCGGCCUGCAUCCGAGCACUGUCUACAACGUGACGCUGAAACCGAAAGACCAAAACGAGGUUGCUUGGGGCGCGUACGCUACGCUGCCUCCCGGUUGGUUCCUGGUAAAGAACCUCAAACAGUGCGACAAGACGAACUUUGCUGUGUCGAUGAGUUGGGAGCCAGUGGAGCUGAACAUGGCCUCGCAUUACCAGGUUCGAUACAUCCGUAUGAAGGACCACCAUGAAGCCAGUUGGACUGAAGAAGACGCAAGAGAAAGCAAGGAACUGCUUUGUCCUAAGGAUGGAUGCGGUCGCCUUUGUUAUCUCGUGUUCAACCUUCCUCACAAUCCAACUGAGUACAUCUUCCAGGUCCGAGCAAAGGUGGACGGAGAAUGGAAUCAUUGGAGGUCGGCUCCACGGAAAGUGAUCACCGGCGAGACGGCAGAGAUCCGGCGAAGUUGUUGCAUUGUACCUCCGCCGUACAUGGUUGAGAACAUCGGAAGCCCUGGCUCAUGGUGGGAAGUGGACGUAAGCCCCGCUGCCACUGAAAAAGACGUUACUCGUUACUACGUUGUUGUUGACGAACGAGAUCCGCCGGGAGAGUCAAACUGGACAGAACUCACUGAUAAGGUGACCGCCAACAAAUUGAAGAUACCGUACUACGUCGCCGCCUCGUACGACAUCAAUACUCUCACCGAGCCGAGAAAGGUGCGCAUUGGAGAUGGAACGGUGAUCGGUGGAUACCUUAACUACCCGUUAGUGAAGGGCAAGAAGUACAACUACGAAGUGUACACAGUGUGGAACGUGACCGGUGUGCCGGUAGUGGGCAGAAGCAGAGCUUCUCCGUAUCUGGCGGCAGGCUGGCCAUGGUGGUGGCUCCUGCUCCUGCUACUGCUACUUCUUCUACUAAUCCUGCUGUGCUGUUGCCUGCUCUGGUGCCUUCAGGGUCGGUAUCGAACUCGAAAAGAGCACAGAAGACUCGUGACAAACGGUCAACAUGUGCCGCUGCUCGAGGAGGACAAAACCGGAAUGGAGGCUAAUCUUCGUUCACUGGAAUCUCGUCUGGACAAGAUGCGCGGUGCGGUCGACGGCCGAGCGCGAGGCGAUUUUGAAGAUGGUUACAUGAAAGGCUACAAAGAUGCGAACAAGCUCGGUUCAGCAAGUGCCGCAAGAAGAAGAAUGGAUGACGACUACGGAAGCAAGGAUGACCGCUUCCACGAAGGCUACGUGAAGGGGCUGAAGGAUGCUGGCAUGACGGGCAUGUCAACGUCGAUGUACAACUUGGCUCAGCGAGGUGCUGGUGGUGGUUAUUCUAGUGGAUUCAUGCAGGGAUACAAGGAUGGAAACUCGGGUAUUUUUGGUGAUCGCGUGACGCCAUCGUUGAUCUCUCGACUAGACGAGCAGUAUCCUGGUCAGGAUGAUUUCAAACAAGGAUACGUUGAUGGUUUCAAAGAGGGUGCGGCCAGCCGUACUGGCGAGAGGAGGACUUUCGAGGAUUCUCGCCGUCUUCAACAGUCCUUGACGGAGCUGACCGAGCGGCUGACGUCCCUUGAGAAGACCAAAGGAGAUGAGAUCCAUUCGACAAAGAUCUAUCACGUUUAUAACCAACAACCUGAUACCCUCGCAUACGCUUCGAGUGGACAGCAGUUGGCUCAGGAACUCGAGGAAAUUAGCAGUACUUCCCGUAGAAGCACUCUUCGAAGACAUUACACGCCUGGAGACUACCUGAAGUACGCAUCUGAGGGCGACGGCUACGGAACUCUCGGCAGAAACCGCCGAUCUCUGUCGGCAUCGGCUCUGGCGCGAGACUCAGCAGCAUUCGAGAGUCGAACUGCGGAGCAGCGCUCGCGACACGCGUCCGGCACCGGCUCCUCCUACAUCACGCGAGGGAUGGCCGAUCGACAAGGCACCGAUACCUACUCGAAGCGCUACAACUAUCGUAGCCGUUCGGAUGUUGGUAGCCCGAGGCGGUAUGCGAGUCAGACGUUGUUGGACGGCUCCAGGCCGGGGCCGAGCACGCCACAUGCGAGGCGAGACGCGCUCAGCACCUUACAGAGGGAGCUCGACACACUAAGUCGUUCUCCAGAUCGAUCGACACCGCGGGGUUACACCUCCGACACCGCCUACGAUACAGUGCGUUCGAAAGCCCGCGGAUAUUCUAACUAUGACUACGACACCUUUUCGUCAUCUCGUCACCAUGAAACGCGAACUUCCACCGUGGGUGGAGCCGGCGCUGGCGGGGUUAGCACCCACACGGCCAGGCCCGCUGGAAAAGAUUCCGCAGACGAUGCGGGCAGAUGGGCCGACGACCUUCUCGAGAUCGUUUCAGAGCCGAUGAACAAGACGUUAGAUAGAAUGAAGAAGUACAGCAGUUCCUCGGCGAAUGUCGAAGCUGGUCCAUCGACAUCACACGGGGAUGCGAAAGAAAUCGUCGAGGAAAAAUAUCACAGAUCAUAUAAGGAGGAGCACUCCUCGGGAGGGCGAUAG